GCCGGAUGUGACGUCACCGCGCGGCGCGGAAGCGGCGGGGCAGGGAGCAUGGCGGCGCCGCGGGAGCCGGGCGGGGAGGCGGCGUUCGCGCAGCGCAUCGACCCCGCGCGGGAGCCGGGGCUGAGCCCCGAGCAGCGGCUCCUCAUGGCGCAGGUGGAGCGCGCCCAGCGCCAGCGGGCCCUGCAGCGCCGGCUCCGCGGCCGCAACGUGCUGCUGGCGCUCGGCAUCGGCGCGGUGGCCUUGGGCAUCUACGGCUACACCUUCUACUCGGUGUCGCAGGAGCGGUUCCUGGACGAGCUGGAGCAGGAGGCGGAGGCGGCGCGGGCGCGGGCCCGGGCGCGGGCGGAGGGAGCGGCGAGUUGAGCCCGGAGGGACCGGACCCGGGAGCGAGUUACGGGGCUGGGGCACAGGGGAGCGGCCCGGGCACGGGGCAGCCGCCCCCGCGGGAGUCGGGGCCUGCGCAGGGCUCGGUGCGGCCGCGGGAGGGGUGGGGCCCCCCCGGAGGAGCCGCUUUUCUGCAGGAGAGCAGCAAGGACUCGCUCCUGGGUGCCCGGGCGCCCAUCACUUCCCACAAUAAACACCCUGUGUGGAGCCGA